CACACACACACACACACACGCAGUGGAUAGAUAGACAGAGACAUACGGGAGAGGGCCCAGGGCAGAGGUAACCCUCAGUCUCCAAACUUGAGCUGUAACAGCCUCAUGUAUCUCUCUACAAUACUGCCCUGCUUAGGAAGGCUGAUGAGUGACACACACACACAAAGCUCUCGGCUGAGUUGAUAGACGACUAGACUGCACUAGACUGGCCAAAACUGGAGGUGUGAGUUGGAACGGGAGUGCAAAGGUUGCCAUCAAUCAAACUCUCAUUAGUUGUCUACCGGAUUAGUAAUCAAUUAAGCCAUCUUGCUAAAGCACUUGUCUGGGAGAUAUUUCGUGAAACUAUAUUUUGUGGGAUUUUGACUGUUUUCUGGCACAAGAGUCUUGUCCUCCUGCCCGUCUUCAACAUGAUGUCGGAUGAAUACCUGGUGGAGUGUAACAUCGAUGAUGAUGAUGAUGAUGAUGAUGAUGAUGGUGGAGAUGACGAUGAAGGGAUGAGGUUGUAUCCCUCCCCACCCCCACCCCCACCAGCACAGUUCUCCUCCAGUCCCUCGGCCAGUCCUCAACCAUCGUUCACCCACAUCGACAUCAGAGACCCGUACGGAGUCAACAAGCACCUGAAGGUGGAGUUCAGUGAUAUUUUGGCCGAGCCCAUCUCCACACACACAUACGAUGGCGUGUGGGUGUACAGUGGCAUCGGGUUUGAGUCAGCGAGGAUCUGGGGCUACCGCUGCCUCACGCUGUUGUGUGCUGUCCCCGUCUCCCUCCUCUCCGGCUGCCUCUUUGCCCUGCUUGCUUGCCUGCAUAUCUGGUGUGUGAUGCCUUGCAUCGAAGUGUGUCACAUUUGCCUGCCUUGUGUGCGAUCAAUUUGGAUGAGUGUAGUCAACAUCUUCAUCACGCCGUUCUGUGAAUCUGUUUCUCGCUGCUGCACUGGCGUUUACGUCUCUCUCUCCAAAGACUGACCUGAAGUGAUGGGGAGAUUUCCCACGGCAAAGUUUCUUCAUGUAUGGGACUGAAGAUGGGGCUUGCUUUUGGUGCAUUACUCUGCAGAGGAACUGGAAGGGGGGGGGACUGAGUGACAAUUAAUCUGUUAUUGGACAUGUAAUGUAACAUCUCUUACUUUAGCUAAUGCAUUUUCAGGAUGUGAAAUUUUCACCACUCAGUAUUUAUGUCAACAUGGUAUGACAAAGUGUUUCAUUUCUUAUAUUAGCAGUGUUUUCAUGCUUAAACUUGGAUAUGUAAAAUGGAGCUCUUUGUGUACAUUUUGUAUGAAACAGUAAAUAAAAUGAAACAUUGUUUCUACCA